UACACAACUAAGCACACACAUACAUACAAGCACAUACACACACAAAGCAUUUAAACACGUAAAAGCGCACAGUCAACAGCGCGCAAACAGCCGCCGUGUCGUUGCAAGUUUGUCGCGGUCCAGUUCAGUCAGCGAAAUUUGACACUGAUUUGCGCUAAUUUAAUGAUUUUCACUUGUUAACUGCCGCUGUCUGCUUCUCAACCCCCGCAGUCCAUCUCCCUCCGCUGCUGAAAUUGCCUCUGAGUGUGUGUGUGAGUGCGCGUAUCGUUGUGCGUUUGAACGCAAGGUGUGCCAACGAGCGCAUUACAAUGCUUAACUAUCACGAACCACAACAUCUACAGCAACAACAACAGCAACAACAACAACACCAUCAGCAACGGCAGUCACAGCCACAGCCGCCAUUACCACAAUUGAGUAGCUCAAUUGCUAGCAUCGACAAUUUCUAUUACCCACAAACGGCAAACGUGCCAACUCUGCUGACAUUACAAAAUCCUACUAAUGCUGCUGGCGGCGGCAGUGGCGGCGGCGGCAGCAAUCGCGGCACGAGAGGCAGCACGUCGUCAACGUUAUCGGUAUCCGUAUCGGCAUCAUCGUUGGAUCAUCUGCACAGUCUGACGCAGCAUAAUGCUUUCGGCGUGCAUAAUUGCAAUAAUAACAAUAAUAGCAGCAACAACAACAGUAGUAGCAACAACAACAGUAGCAGCAGCAACAACUGCAAUAUCAAUACCAUUGAUAUGAGUCCAAACUCAACUGCCGCCAACACUGGUUAUAAUCAUCAGCAACAACAACAACAACAUCAGCAACAACAACUACAACUCCUUCAACCACCUCACCACCCACAUACAGAUGCCAUAGCCGUCGGCGGUGGUAGUGCCCUAGGCUGUAGCAACUCCUGUUCACCGAAUGAGAUGACAAAAAUCGAAGACAACAACAACUAUCCUUCUUUACACACCGUCGUUGAUGCCGACGGCAAUAAACAUUCUGAGAACGUGAAACGUUUCUCUGUGAACAAUUUGUUAGAAUUGGCCAAUGAUUGCCGCAUUUCAGGCAAAUUGCAACAUCAGCACCAGCAGCACCAACAGCAUCAGCGGCAACAUCGUCACGAGCCAAUGGAGGAUGAUUUGGAUGACACGCAAAUCAAUGAUUUAGAUGACAGCUUUCGUAGCAGCAAUGAUGAUUAUCCCGACACGUCCAACUUAAUGGACAUAACACACACGCACCCGACGCAUCAGCAGUCACAAAUUCAGCAACACGCACAGCACAUGCCGAAUCAUCACGCUGCGCACUUUCAGCUGCAUCAUAAUCAACAACAGCAAAACCAGCCGGGCGGAGGUGCAUCCACAAACCAACAACACUCGCGCAAACCACGACGUAAUCGCACCACAUUCACCUCUAGCCAAUUGACGGCAUUGGAGAAAGUCUUCGAACGUACUCACUAUCCGGAUGCAUUUGUGCGCGAGGAGUUGGCCACCAAGGUGGGUCUGAGCGAGGCACGUGUACAGGUCUGGUUUCAAAAUAGACGAGCAAAAUUUCGUCGCAAUGAACGCAGUUCUACCAGUGGACGCUCCAUAUUGGCGAGUACACCACAGCCAGUGCCGCCCAUCACAGUUACGCACAAAUUCGAUAAAGCCAUCGCCGCUGCUGCUGCUGGUGGUGGUGGUGGUGGUGCAGGUGCAGGUGGAUUUUUUCAUCAGCAAAUGGAUCAUGCAGCCGCAGCAGCAGCCGCAUACACAUUGAACUUUCCCACAUUGGGCAUGUAUUCAUCUGCAGCGGUGGCUGCCGCAGCGGCAAAAAAUUAUGCAAAUUCCUAUAAUGCAUUUGGUGCUGGCACAGCGGUUGGCGCUGGUGCGGAUAGCCUUACUGCUGGUGUAGGUGGCAGUGGUGCUGUUGGGGUAGGUAUUGGAGGAGGCUGUGGCUUCUUUGGUUCUUCGAAUUAUUGCACGCCGGCGACUGGUUAUCAACACAGUUAUGCACCGCUGCGGUAUAAAGGAGCGCAGGGAUUUUCCGCGCUGUGAAGAAGGAGACGAAG